UUUUAAUUAUUCUUUCUUUCCCUUCAUCACUCCUUCUUUUUCUCUCUGUCAACGAUAUUAUUCCUUAAAAUCUUGUCUUUUUUUUAAGGUCCUUUGUUUCAUAGAUUCUGUUCUGGGUUUUGGCUUUAGAGCCAUGAAAAGAAAGGGAGACUCUAAUAGUUGCACGUUAACACCCUUUUGCAAGAAAAUGAUGGUGGAUGACGAUCAUACAAUGGACGACCUCAAUGACCAGUUUCCUGUGGGAAUGCGUGUUCUUGCUGUUGAUGAUAAUUCAACAUGUCUCAAGGUUUUGGAGUCUCUGCUCCGAAGGUGUCAAUACAAUGUAACCGUAACUUUAAAUGCAAUAACGGCACUGGAAUUGUUGAGAGAAAACAAAGACAAGUUUGACCUGGUUAUCAGUGAUGUCCACAUGCCAGACAUGGAUGGAUUUAAGCUGCUUGAGCUCGUGGGGCUUGAGAUGGACCUACCUGUCAUAAUGUUGUCUGAGAAUGAUGAUCCAAAGAUGGUGAUGAAGGGAAUUACUCAUGGAGCUUGUGAUUAUCUGCUGAAACCUGUUAGAAUUGAGGAGCUACAGAACAUUUGGCAACAUGUAAUCAGGAGGAAGAAGAUUGUCUCAAAGGAGUUGAAUAAUAUUAUCAACCAAGACAGACCCAAUUCUGAUAGCUGCAAUGAAAGAGGGUCAGCAGCAACAGGAAAUUCUGAUCAAAAGGGAAACCCUUCCAAGAAAAGGAAGGAUCAGGAUGAAGAUGAUGAUGAGGAUGAUGAAAGUGAUCAUGACAAUGAGGAAUCAUCAACCCAAAAGAAGCCUCGUGUUGUUUGGUCCGUGGAGCUGCACCGCAAGUUUGUUGCUGCUGUUAAUCAAUUAGGCGUUGACAAGGCUGUACCUAAAAAGAUUCUCGAUUUGAUGAAUGUUGAAAAGCUUACAAGAGAGAAUGUGGCAAGCCACCUCCAGAAAUAUAGACUUUACCUGAAAAGAAUUAGCUGCGUGGCAAACCAACAGGCUAAUAUGGUUGCAGCCUUAGGUAGUGCAGAUACAUCCUAUUUGAGAAUGGGUUCUUUGAGUGGUGUUGGACAUUUGCAGACAUUGAGUGGCCCACAACAGUUUUAUAACAAUGCUUUCAGGCCCUUUUCACCUGUUGGGAUGAUUGGUAGAAUGAACACUUCCGUUGGUCUGAAUGUGAAUGGGUUGCCUACUUCAGAAACUCUUCAGUUGGGGCAUGCACAAAGUUUAAACAACUCCAUAAAUGAUCCACUUAAUUUCCAUCCUAUUCAGGCAAUGCCAAUGUCUGUAGGGAUUGAUCCAAUGCGACACAAUAAGGAUGUUAGUCUUAGUCCUAUUCAAAACUUGAUCCCACUUAUUGAUGCUAACCCAACUUUUGCCAUCACAAAUAAACUUCCAGAUCAAAUAUCAAAAGUAACAACGGGUUGCUCACUUUCUCCAAUUUUGGAUAUCUCAAACAAUGGCAUGAUGUUGAAAGCAAAUCCUCAAAACACACUAGGGAAUGGAAUAUAUUCAGUAGCCUCUCAACAUUUUUCUCUCCCUUUGCUGGAUAAUGGCAGGUGUAGUGAUAUUUGGUCAAGUUCUAUGCAGUCAUCUGGGACAAAUUUUUACCCUCCAAGGGAACAUUUUAGACAGGCUUCUAUGUCUUCUAUAGAUAACAUGUCUUCUACAACCUUGCAUGGAGGGAAUCUGAGUGCUACUUCAUCCAUUACUUCAAUGUCGAGUCAAUCUUAUGAUUCACUCCCUGCUAUGCACUCCCAAGGAGUCCUUUUUACAAGUAGUCCAGGACAAAUAAGCAAUAAUGUGCCAUUUCAAGGGUGGAAUGAUCAUAAUCAAGAUAGUAGUUAUCAUUCACAUGCUAUUGGUAAUUCAGUAGACUCUAUGAUUUCAGUGAAUGGUAAUGUUGGUCCAGAAGGCCAUACUUCUACAAACUCAACCUUCAAUGGAAACUUGGACUUCAAUUUUUGUGGUCCCUUACAAGUGAAGCAUAGCGGAGUUAUGGAAUUGACUGAAGAAGCCUCAUUGAAACCACAUCAGGGGUGCAUCAUGAACCAGCAGAAGUCCCAAAACAUUCCUACCACUUGUAAUCUCGGUUCACUGGAAGACUUGGCCAGUGCAAUGAUGAAACAGAAACAAGACAAGGUGGAAUUAUUGGAUGGGUACAAUAAUUAUUCUGCCGGGAUAUCUAUGUGACACAAACUUUGGCAUUAUAUUGGUGCAUCAUGUCAUGCUUGUUGAGGAAUUUUGAAGUGUGAUAAGUCUUCAUUGUUUACCCUCUUCUCCCAAUUUUGUCCUCUGCAUAGUUUUCUAUAGAUUUUGAUUCUCUAGAUUGUUACUUUCAACAAGGGCUAUCUCACUUUGUGACAAUGCUUUAUUGUUUAUGGGCCCUAUAGCGAAUUAUGGAGUUAGCCAUGUUUAGUUUUGCUCAGACAUGCUUUUCUAGCAAAGGUUAGUGGUCCAUAUAAGCAAGAAUAAAAUGUUAAUGUUGACAAUAAACACGGGCUUUUCCCUUUAUGAAUGCAAAUAA